UGGAAGAAGCAGAACAAAACAGAAAGAUUAGAUUACGAGAUUAUGUAAGAGAUAAAGAAAGAAUUUUUUUUCUAAAAAAAACGAUAAAAGAAAAGCUCCCAUUGAUUAUUUGUUGAAAAAUCAAUGGCAUUUUCAGCUAUGGCGACUACUUGUUCAUCACUUUCUCUGUGUCAUCUUCAGCUUCAAUCACCUUCCGCCAUAUCUAAACCAUGCCCUUUUCUCUUCUUCCCUUCUUCUCGUUUGAACCCAAAGAAACGAUUUCAAAGCCAAAGCAGAACUCGUUUUCUUCGUGUUCUUGCUGUCUCAGAUACUGCUCUAGACUCGAGCAAUGGGGCCGCCAUUGAUACUGAAUCUGAGGACCCUUCGUCUUCUUACGGUAGACGGUACUUCCCUUUGGCUGCUGUCGUUGGCCAGGAUGCCAUUAAAACUGCACUUUUACUUGGGGCUAUUGAUCGCGAGAUUGGAGGGAUUGCUAUCUCUGGAAGGCGUGGAACAGCCAAGACUGUAAUGGCACGUGGAUUGCACGCAAUUUUGCCUCCCAUUGAUGUUGUUGUUGGUUCCAUGGCAAAUGCAGACCCUGCCUGCUCAGAUGAGUGGGAAGAUGGUUUAGUUCAGCGAGUCCAGUAUGAUUCCAAGGGCAAUGUUAAGACUCAAGUUGUUCGGUCUCCUUUCGUUCAGAUUCCGCUUGGAAUCACGGAGGACAGACUCAUUGGAUCUGUUGAUGUCGAGGAGUCUGUGAAAAUGGGAAAAACUGUUUUUCAGCCCGGCCUCCUGGCGGAAGCACAUAGAGGUGUAUUAUAUGUUGAUGAGAUUAAUCUUCUUGAUGAGGGCAUUAGUAAUUUGCUUCUCAAUGUGCUGACCGACGGAGUUAAUAUCGUCGAAAGAGAGGGAAUCAGCUUCAAGCACCCUUGUAAACCGCUUUUAAUUGCCACCUAUAAUCCGGAAGAAGGUGCCGUACGAGAACAUUUAUUAGAUCGAAUUGCAAUUAACUUGAGUGCAGAUCUUCCAAUGAACUUUGAGGAUCGUGUUGCGGCAGUUGGUAUUGCAACAGAAUUUCAGGAAGCUAGCGAUAAAGUUUUUAAAAUGGUUAAGGAAACAACCGAGGAUGCAAGGACUCAGAUCAUUUUAGCGAGAGAGUAUUUGAAAGACGUCACUGUUGGCCGGGAACAAUUAAAGUACCUCGUUAUGGAAGCCCUUCGGGGUGGUUGCCAGGGACACAGAGCUGAGCUAUAUGCUGCUAAGGUUGCAAAAUGCUUGGCUGCUUUGGAAGGACGGGACCGAGUCGGCGUAGAUGACCUGAAAAAAGCUGUGGAGCUUGUCAUCCUCCCUCGUUCGAUUAUCAAUGAGAAUCCUCCCGAUCAACAAAACCAACAGCCGCCACCUCCACCUCCACCUCCUCAAAAUGAAGAAUCCGGGGAGGAGCAGAAUGAGGAGGAAGAGGAAGAGGAUGAAAGUGAUCAGGAGAACGAGCAACCUGAGCAAUUACCUGAAGAAUUUAUCUUCGACGCCGAAGGGGGUUUGGUGGACGAGAAACUACUUUUCUUUGCACAACAAGCACAGAGGCGACGGGGGAAAGCUGGAAGAGCCAAGAAUGUAAUAUUCUCCGAGGAUAGAGGUCGAUAUAUUAAACCAAUGCUCCCAAAGGGCCCUGUGAAGAGACUAGCUGUUGAUGCAACGCUAAGAGCUGCCGCACCAUAUCAAAAGUUGCGGCGCGAGAAAGACAUUCACAAAAGUCGGAAAGUUUUCGUGGAGAAAACCGACAUGAGGGCUAAAAGAAUGGCAAGAAAAGCAGGAGCAUUGGUAAUAUUUGUGGUUGAUGCAAGUGGGAGCAUGGCAUUGAAUCGAAUGCAAAAUGCUAAAGGCGCUGCACUUAAGUUACUGGCCGAGAGUUAUACUAGCAGAGAUCAGGUCUCCAUUAUACCUUUCCGUGGAGAUUCUGCUGAAGUCCUGCUGCCUCCUUCGAGAUCAAUCGCAAUGGCAAGAAAACGUCUCGAGAGACUUCCAUGUGGCGGUGGCUCUCCCCUAGCUCAUGGUUUAAGCAUGGCAGUCAGGGUUGGGUUGAAUGCAGAGAAAAGUGGUGAUGUUGGACGCAUAAUGAUCGUUGCAAUUACCGAUGGAAGAGCCAACAUAUCACUGAAGCGGUCCACCGAUCCGGAAGCCGCUGCUUCUGAUGCUCCUAAACCCUCAACACAAGAGUUGAAGGACGAGAUUCUUGAAGUGUCCGCGAAAAUAUACAAAGCGGGAAUGUCUCUUCUUGUCAUUGAUACCGAAAACAAGUUUGUUUCAACUGGUUUCGCCAAGGAAAUUGCUCGAGUAGCUCAAGGGAAGUAUUAUUAUUUGCCAAAUGCUUCGGAUGCAGUCAUCUCAGCUACAACAAAGGAAGCGUUAUCGGCUUUGAAGAGUUCGUGAUUCGAAAGCAUUAUAUAGGCUUUCACCAACUCCAGGAUGCUUAUAAUCAACCCAAUUGUGAGAUGAUAUACUAGUUUCCUUCCAGAACCAGACCCGAAACACUCAUCGAAACAUGAACUGUGUCAUGUCCGCAUUUUGUAUGUUUCUCCAACAUCUUCCUUCUGUAUCAUUAUUGUUCAGUCAUAAAACAGAGGUUUAAGUGAUUACAAAGAGAUUAUGCAACUUUUUCU